GGUGGCUUCUCUAUUGUUUCAUCUCCGACAUCUCAUACCUCCAAAGCUCAACCGCGAACACCAUCCCUGUUUCCUCCUUCCCUCUCCCUCUCUCUCUAUAACUCAGAUUGAUAUAUAUAGAGAGAGCUAUAUAUAUCCACACAAAUCAGAUCAGGUAAAUAUAUAGAGAGAGGGGAUAAUAAUGGAAUUGGGAAAAAAGUUCGCUGUUCUCUUGUGCGCAGAGGACUCCGAAUACGUGAAGAAGAAAUACGGGGGUUACUUUGGGGUUUUCGUGAAAAUGCUGGGCGAGGAAGGCGAAAUCUGGAGGGUAUUCCACGUGGCGAAGGGGGAGUUCCCGACGGACGCUGAGAUCGGAGAGUUUGACGGCUACGUCAUCACCGGCAGCUGCAAUGACGCUCACGGCAAUGACAUCUGGAUCUGCAAGCUCCUCAAUCUUCUCAACAAGCUGGAUGCCAUGAAGAAGAAGAUUUUAGGCAUUUGCUUCGGCCAUCAGAUACUGGGACGAUCGUUAGGAGGGAAGACAGGCCGAGCAACAUCCGGGUGGGACAUCGGUGUGACGGACGUUCAUAUAUCACCGUCCAAGCUUUUCAGCUCUUUAAACCUGCCUACUUCCCUUCAUGUUAUUGAGUGCCACCGAGACGAGAUUAUAGAACUCCCAGCUAAGGCAGAGAUCAUGGCAUGGUCGAACAAGACCGGAAUUGAAAUGUUUAGAUAUGGAGAUCACAUCAUGGGCAUUCAAGGUCACCCCGAGUACACCAAGGAUAUACUCGUGCAUCUCAUUGAUCGCCUUAGCCAACGUAAUCUCAUUCAGGAUGACGUCGCCAUUUCUGCAAAGGCGAAGCUGGGUGCAUAUGAGCCAGACAGGGAGGCGUGGAGGAAGCUGUGCACUGGCUUUCUCAAGGGUAGAUUGUGAUGGGAAGCCUGGAAUUUCCUUGGGGUCUUUGAUGGGAGUGUAAAUAGAAGUAGAAGAAGCCAUUGAUGAGAAGGUAUUGAAACCCUCGGCUUCGGAUGGAUAUUCCAUAACACGGUCUUGUUUAUUUCGUUCAAUGCUGUUGAACAAAUGACAAACUGGCCUGUACUUGAAUAAUGGAGUUUUGGCACUUGAAUUAAAUUAUUUAGAAUUUUCUA